AGGGGGCGGGGCCUGCGCGGGGGCCAUGGCGGCCGAGGCGGCGGAGCGGCACCUGGGGCUGCUGAGGGACGAGCGGGAGGCCGAGCUGGCACAGAGCAGGGCAUGGCAGGAGAGCGUCUCCCUGAAGGAAUUGCAGCGGAGAGGCGUCUGCUUGCUCAAGCUCCAGGUCAGCAGCCAGAGAACCGGCCUCUAUGGGCGUCUCCUCGUGACAUUCCAGCCCAGGAAGUGGGAUUCGGACACCGAGCUGCCCUCCAACAGCUUUGGGCCUGGGGACAUCGUGGGGCUCUAUGAGUCGGCUGGGCAGGGGGACCCGCUGUGCACGGGCGUGGUGACACGUGUCACCCCCAGGGCAGUGACGGUGGCCCUGGAGGAGCCCCGGGAGGGGGAGCUGGCCCUGGACCACGAGCGCUCCUUCCGCCUGCUCAAGCUGGCCAACGACGUCACCUACAACAGGCUCAAAAGAGCUUUAACUGCACUCAAGCAGUACCGUGGUGGCCCAGCCUCUGACCUGAUCGACGUCCUCUUCUUUGCCUCUGCUCCCAGGGCGUUCCCUGAAACAAAGCCUCUGGAGUUCUUCAAUGCCUCCCUGGAUGAGUCUCAGAGGGAAGCUGUGUCCUUCUCCCUGGCUCAGAGGGAGCUGGCCAUCAUCCACGGACCUCCUGGCACAGGGAAAACCACGACCCUGGUGGAGAUCAUCCUGCAAGCUGUGCAGCAGGGCCUGAAGGUGCUGUGCUGUGCCCCGUCCAACGUGGCCGUGGAUAACCUGGUGGAGCGGCUGGCCGGCUGCAGGGCGCGGCUGCUGCGGCUGGGACACCCCGCCCGCCUGCUCCCGCCCAUCCAGCAGCACUGCCUGGACGCCGUGCUGGCCCGCGGGGACAACGCCCACAUCGUGGCUGACAUCAGGAGGGACAUCGACCACGCCUGGGCAAAAACAAAAAAGGCCCAAGACAAGGGAGAGCGAAGCCAUUUUCUGGGUGAGAUUAAGACCCUGAGGAAGGAGCUGAAGGAGAGAGAAGAGGCUGCCAUGGCUGCAGCCCUCAGCCAGGCCAGCGUUGUCCUUGCCACCAACACAGGUGCUUCCUCGGAUGGCCCCCUGAAGCUGCUGCCUGAAACCCACUUUGACCUGGUGGUGAUUGAUGAGUGUGCCCAGGCUCUGGAAGCCAGCUGCUGGAUCCCUCUGCUCAAGGCUCCCAAGUGCAUUCUGGCUGGGGAUCACAAGCAGUUGCCCCCCACCAUCAUAUCCCAGAGGGCGGCGGCGGCGGGGCUGUCGCUGAGCCUGAUGGAGCGGCUGGCGGAGCGCUGCGGGGAGCGGGCGGUGCGCAUGCUGACGCUGCAGUACCGCAUGCACCAGCACAUCAUGGCCUGGGCGUCCUCGGAGCUCUACGGCGGCCGGCUCCGCGCUCACCCCUCCGUGGCACAGCACCUGCUCAGGGACCUGCCAGGCGUCUCCUCCACAGAAGAGACCAGCACCCCCUUGUUGCUCAUAGACACUGCUGGCUGUGGCCUGUUUGAGCUGGAAGUGGAGGAUGAACAGUCCAAGGGCAAUCCAGGGGAGGUCCAGCUGGUGGGGAUGCACGUCCAGGCCUUGGUGGAUGCUGGUGUGAAGGCCAAGGACAUUGCUGUGGUGGCCCCCUACAACCUCCAGGUGGACAUGCUCCGACAGCACCUUUGCCACAGCCACCCUGAGCUAGAAAUUAAAUCAGUGGAUGGUUUCCAAGGAAGGGAGAAGGAAGCAGUAAUCCUGUCCUUUGUCAGAUCCAACAAGAAAGGUGAGGUGGGCUUCCUGGCCGAGGAGCGGCGCAUCAACGUGGCGGUGACGCGGGCGCGGCGCCAGGUGGCCGUGGUGUGUGACAGCCACACCGUGGGCAGCCGCCCCUUCCUGCGGCGCCUCCUGGACCACCUGGGCCAGCACGGCCUCGUGCGCUCCGCCUUCGAGUACCUGGAUGACCUCGUGCCCCAAAACUACCCCGGGGAGGGCAGGGCCCAGCGCCAGCAGGGCCCCAAACCUCCCAAAGCACAGCCGGCUCCAGUGGGGAAGCUCAAAGCGACGGCAGCUGGAGCAGGGAGCCAGAAACCGGGAGCAGGGAGCCAGAAACCGGGAACACGGAGCUCCCCGAGCGCUGCCGGAGCUGGGAGAGAUGGCUCAGGCUCAAAGGAGCGUGGGGACAGGUUCAGGGCCAUGCUGGUGGCAUUCCUGGCGAGCAGCGAGGCGCAGCUGGAUUUCCCGGCAUCCCUGAAUUCCCACGAGCGGAUGCUGGUUCACGUGCUGGCGGAGGAGUAUGGGCUGCAGCACCUGAGCUCCGGGGAGGGCCGGGACAGGUACAUCAGUGUCUGCAAGAGACUCCCCAAGGAGCCCCCGAGCUUGGAGCUGCCCCCUGAGCCCCUUCCCGAGCCCCCACUGCCCCCUGAGCCCCAGCAUCCUGGUGGGAACACCCCUGGCCCUGCAGAGCCAGGGGAAAGCAGCCAGGGCUCGGGGAAAGUGGACCUGAAAUCCCUGCACCUGGAGAGAGUCCAGAGGGAGAAAGCCAGGCGGGAGGAGGUGGCGAGGAAGGUGCAGGAGCCUGGCCGUGGCAGCAGGAAAAAGGACAAGAGCGAAGCCAAAGGAAAACCUGUGAUCGAGAGCGUGGCUGGAGAGGAUUUUGACGCUCUGAUCUCUGCUGCCAUCAAAGCUGACAGGACAUGCGGCUUCCCCCGCUGCAAGGCCUCUGUCACCACCCUGGGCCAGCUCUGCCACCACUGCCAGCGCCUCUUCUGCCUCAGCCACCACAUCCCUGAGGUGCACGGCUGUGGGGAGAAGGCCAAGGCCCAGGCACGGCAGCGGAUCAGCCGGGAAGGGCUCCUGUACCCCGGGAGUGGCUCCAAGGACAAAUCCCUGGAUCCCGCCAAGCGCGCCCACCUCCAGCGGCGCCUGGACCAGAAGCUCAGCGAGCUGACGAGCCAGAGGAAGGGCAAAAAGAAAGACAAGGAGAAAUGAGGGACCUGAAUCCUGAUUUUUUAACCUCAAAGUUGCUGCUCAGUCCCCCUCCCAGGGGAAAGCUGCAGUGCUGGGCCUGGGUGGAACAGGAGGCUCCAUUUUGUGGGGAGAAUCUGGAGCUGGGAGCCUUCCCAAGCUGUAGAGCUGAGGGAGAGCUGCUGUAUUGUCCUGGCUGUCCCUGUGGACAGGGUGAUGGAUGCACUCAGAGCACGCUGGUGAAAAGGGCAUUAAACACCCAAAGCUGUCAUUGUCACUGUCACAUCGGUCCCUGCAGCAGCAAAUGAUGGAUGUCUGGGAGCAGAAACGUGGGAGGCACUCCCUGUUCUCCAGUGAGGAUGACUGAGGAAAUGGAUGUAUCCCAGCCCAGCAGUCCUCCAGCCUGUCCACACUGCAGCCAUCCCCUCCUUCCCUGGGCCAGAGCUCAGGAGGGGGCUCAGCCCUGCUCUAGGUGUGCCUGGGGAAUGGGAAUAGAGGUGGGGAAGGGGAGGCCUCGAGCCUAAACAGUGCUGGCACCAUGAGGAGCUGCUCCAGCACAUGGAACCAUUUCACUGGGAGGUCCCUCCCUCCUCACUGCUGCCUGUCCAUUCCCUGACACUUCCCAGAGCUGUCCUGCCCUUCCCACAGAGCUCCUUGGAGGCUGAUUCCCACUGGGAAAGCCCAUAGUGAGAGCAGGUACAGCCACGUGAGUUUUUCAGGUGGGAGGGAGCCUUGUGUCCUGGACCUUUUCCCAAUCCUUCACACAGGGUUCAUCCAUCCUACCCCCAAAAUAGUUCCAGCAGCAUUUUUUUAUCGCCAGGAUGAAGGAGAAGGUGCAGAGGUGCCUCCAAAUAGGAAUGGCUGGAGAGGAGCAAUACAAAAAUGCCAAACCCACACCUUCCCCAUCAUUUUGGGGCUAAACAUCACAGAUUCCAGUGCCUGUGGAAGUCACUCACCUCAUCCCAAGUAAAGCUCUGCAGGAGCUGCUGGACAUCCAAGGAUUUCUGUGUGCAUCUAUUCCCAAACACUUGGCUGGGAUAGUUAAUAAGCAAAUUUUCCCCCAAACCUCGUGGUCUGUGAGUGAGAACUGGCUGUGAACAGCUUCCCACAAAACCUUCCUCAUCCUUCAGAAAACCUCAUUCUUCAAGCCACUUGUCUCGUGCCUUGGUGCUGUGCAUCAUCCAUGGAGGGAUGGCACAGGCUCCCCUGGCAGGAGGACAGGGAGGCUCCAGGAGGGAGAAGUGGGGAGGAGGAAGUGUGGGGAAGGGGAUCUGGGCAUCAAUGAGUGGAGAGGGGUGGGAGGAGCUGGAGCAGAGGGGGGUGAUGGAACAGGGACAUCACAGCCAUGGCCCAAAGGGAAGGUCAGGAUGGACAGAUGGGAAGGGAAAAGUGCCACCAGCUCAGGGGAAUAACUCACCUUGGAGUUACUUUUUAAUCAGGGAAAAACAUAAAUAGCUCAUUCACACUUCUUUCCCUGCUCAGAUCAUCCCAGCAGCCACAUCCCAGCCUGUGCUGAUCCCAUGGUGCCAGUUUCCUAGCACAGGGCCCUGGACACCCCCAGAUUUCCCAGCCUGGCUUCCCACCAACAUCCUUCUGGCAGGGAAAAGCCAAGGCCCAGGCAAGGAGGGAUGUGGCCCCAGUGCAUCCUCUGCUUUCCAGCCUGUGCCAUGAGGGGCUCCAUCACCGUCCACAAACCAGAGUGGGAAUUAGCUCCCCAAAAAUCCCAAACCUGGCUUGGGCCAGAGCCCCACCAGCAGAUAGGAUCCACACAAGCUUUUCCUCUCCCUUCCUUCUGAAACAGGAGUUGGGCUUAAAAAUUACAAAAUUUGGGACUUUUCCCACCUGCCCUGGAUCACAAGGCCAAGAUGUUUCUCUCUCUGCCCAGAUCUUGGAUAAAAUGAGUUCUAGGGUAAGUCAUAGCCCAAGUCCAGGAUUAGGGGCUGGAAAAAGCAGCCCCCAGUAGUGAGAGUUGUGUGAAGGAGCAGGAAUUUGUAAUGCUGUCCUGAGGUUGGGUUGGAAAAGUGGCUGGGAUGGGAAAAGCUGCCCCUGAUCCUACUGGACCUUUAGGGAAUGAUUCCCAGCAUGGAUCUGACCUCAAACCCAAGAGGCUGGAAACCAAGUGAUUGGAAACCAAUCCCUGCCUGUGCAGCCGGUGGAGAGAGGCAGGGAUUUACUGUGUGGGGGAACAGAUGGGAGGAGGAGCCGUAUGUAACAAUUGAUUUUCUGCUGUUAUUGCUCCCUUCUUCCAUUCUCCCUGGAAACAUUCCAACCCUGGCACAGAGCACCAAAGUCACUACAAAAGAUCCUCUCAGGAUCACCCCCUCACAAUUCCCACCCAAAAACCACCUUCCAAAGGAAUCCCCACUCUCUCUCGCUCCGAGUCCACGUUUGAGGAUUCCACAGGUUCCGAGGCCGUUGGGAGCCGCGGUUUGGGGAGGUUCCUCCUGCUUUUGGUCCAUUUUGGGCUCCUGGCCCAGGUGUGCAGGGGUGACCGGGCUGUGCCCGCGGAGCCGCUCUGUCCGUGCUCCGGGUG